CAGUUAUUUUCUUAGCAUGAGAACCUUCCAGCAUGCUGCACCUGUUAUACUUGCUAAUUUAUAUCUGUACUUCACUUUUCAGUUAAGAAUGACUUACAAUUAAAAUCCAUACAGAGGUACAAUAUAAUUAGGUACAAUAUGCAGGUACACAGAGGCAUAAUAUAAUUAGGCAUGCAUUGGGUGUGUGUGUGGUGGGGGGGGAAGUCUCUUCUGUCCUUUGGCAGUUGGUGAUACAGUUCAAGUUCCAGACUCUUCCCUCCUGAGAGAGGCGGCAGAAGGACCUUCAGGUCAACUUGGAGUCUGGCUGAUGUAAAGACACCACUCCUCAAAAUCAGCCCUUCCAUAUCUUAUCAUACAGAUAUGGGAAAAUCUCUCGCUCGUUGGUGUUUGUGGUAGCCAGCUGUUCCUGAUAUUAACUGUGGAACUGUCUUGAAGGCAGUGACAAAGAUUUUGUUGGUGCUAGGUGGCAUCAGGAUGUGUGUUCCCUUUCAGUCUGGAAGUUGGAUCAUUCUGCAAAGUGAGAUUUGAUUGGCGAUGAACAGGGCCUUGAUUUGGAAUUACAGAUAUCAGAUACCCUGCAAGGGGCUGGAGGCAGCAUGCGGUGAUGGGGCUGUAGUGAAUGUUGCUCGCCUGCCAUGCACCCCACAGGAAGUGCAGACACCAGCUUUUCUCGUUCUGCUGUGCAAACCCUGUCUCGUAGCCACUGCCGGAACAUAAAGCAAAAGAUCUCUCAAUGGGAAGGUCGGACAAAAGAGAGCUGCCUGGAAGAAAGGCAGAAACCCAAGGAUUUUGGGGUCAAGUAUGGCCAUGAAGGCAAGGUGCAGCAGCCAGCAGGUCUUGGGCAUGGCAGGAAGAUUGAAGGGCUAGCAAAUGUCCAGAAUCUUGGCCUAGAUUUCCGGGAAAACUCCCAUCUCUGUUCUGUGACUGAAGAGGAGGUUGAGAGACUCCAUGAGGCUCCAGAGAGCCCUGUGGCUGAGCCAUUCCCCAAUGGCGUGAUAUCUGAAGGAGAAGAAGAUGAAGAUGACUGGCAAGGAGAGAGGCUGCCCCCAGGGAACUUCUACACUUCUCGGGACAUUUGGAAACAGAUAGAAGCCCUUUCUGCGGACAAAGUCCUUGCUGUAGCAUUGGAUUUGAAAAGGAAACGGGAGAGCUGCAGCUCAACAGAGAAGGAGCUGAAUGUGGCUCCAGCAAAGAGCUUGGAGAACAUUUACUGUGAUGUCGAAGGCCAGGAAAGGCAGUCGGCCAUCAACCCAGUGCCCAAACCACGAAGGACUUUCCGCUACUUGUCAGAAAGGGACCAUGCAGACAUCCCUAACGGAGGCCCCAUUGAGCGGAAGCCACCAGGUCAUUGCUGCAAUGGUGGCUGCCCUGAAGCAGCUUCCCGUGAUCCUGAGCAGAGAGUAACUGGCAGAGGAAUCCGAGGCAGAUCCAAGAGAAAGUCCUUUGAAUUUGAGGACAUCCAGGGUUACCGAAACCGGCUAGCAGCCAUGGAGUACCAAAAGCUCCAUGAAGAACUGAACGGCACCACAAGCAUCCGCCUCUAUUGCACGCAGUCGGAAGACAACCUCUAUGAGGACAUUAUUGAUCCUGUUAAGGAGAAUCUGUAUGAAGACAUUAAAGUGAAGCCUCUGUGGAGGAUCCCGUCUGCUUGGAAGCUGCCUCCUCCCCGGAACACCGUCAAGCCACCCAAGCUCCCCCUUAAGCCACAUUUUCUUCACCGCAAAACCCUGGAGCUAAAGAGUGCACGUAUCUGUCUGCGUGGGAAACUGGCAAAGGACACCACUCUACCUGUUACUCUGACCGAGUGGAAGUUCUUCAAAGCAGGGGAGGCUGGAAGCAGGAAGAGGAAAAAUCUUCCCCGGCUUGUAUUGAAGAUACAGGAGAUCUUUGACUCCAAACGAGGGAAGAAGAAGGUGAAGUUGGUGGCACACACAGGAAAAGAGGUUUCUCCAGCCAGAGGUGAAACCAAUGGGUAUGACAGCGAACCAGAGAAUCUGCCGAAAAGUCGUCAUAAGCGCCUGCUGCAGGUGCAGGCUCAGUCCAAGAGGAACCCACACUACCAGACGCUGGAGCGGGACCUCAUUGAGUUCCAAGAACAGCAACUCUUUGAGCUCUUUGUGGUGGUGUCCUUGCAGAAGAAGCACUCGGAGGCGACAUAUAGCCCACAGAUCAUACAACAGUUUCCCAGCAAGCCUGACCACUCUUUUCGGCAAUCUAAGGACAUGGAGGAGAGGCUGAAGGUUAUCCCCAAAUUCUGUUUCCCUGACCCCAAAGACUGGGGUCCAACGUCAGAGUCAAAGAGUGAAACCUUUUCCUUUGUGUUGACGGGCGAAGAUGGCAGCCGCUGGUUCGGAUAUUGCAAGAAGCUCCUGCCAGAGGGAAAAGGGAAGCGGCUACCUGAAGUAUACUGUAUGGUAAGCCGUCUAGGCUGCUUCAACCUUUUCUCUAAGAUUUUAGAUGAAGUAGAGAAAAGGCGGGAGAUGUCCCCAGCCCUGGUGCACCCAUUCAUGCGCAGUGUCAUGGAAGCACCAUUCCCUGCUCCUGGGCGCACCAUCACUGUGAAGAGUUUCCUGCCAGGAGCAGGAAAUGAGGUGAUUGAGCUUUGCCGUCCACUAGAUUCCCGACUGGAGCAUGUUGACUUUGAAUGUCUGUUCAAGUGCCUUAGUGUCUCGCAUUUGAUCCAAGUCUGUGCCUCUCUCCUGCUGGAAAGGAGGGUGAUCUUUGUUGCUGACAAUCUAAGCACCUUGUCCAAAUGUGGCCAUGCGGUGGUUGCAACACUGUAUCCAUUCACCUGGCAACACACCUACAUCCCUGUCCUGCCAGCUUCUAUGAUAGACAUUGUCUGCUCCCCUACCCCAUUCCUCAUUGGCAUCCUCUCCUGUUCCUUAACGCAGCUCCAAGACCUGCCCAUUGAAGAGGUACUGAUUGUUGAUCUCUGUGCUGAUAGGUUUUUGCAGGAGAUUUCAGAUGAGGAUGAAAUCCUACCUCACAAACUUCAGGCUGCACUUGUACAGAUAUUGGAGGAAAGGAAUGAAAUCUUGUUUCAGGAGCGGUGUUACACACAAGGUGAUGUGACUCUGGACUCCCUGGUAUCGGAAGCUUUUGUGCGCUUCUUUGUGGAGAUUGUGGGACACUAUUCCUUGCAUAUGCAUGUCACUGAGAAAGGGGAGCGAGUAUUCCAGCGGGAGCCGUUCCGGAAAUCCCACACCUCCCGCAAUGUGCGCCAUUUUCUAGACAUCUUCAUGGAAACACAGAUGUUUGCUGGUUUCAUACAGGACCGAGAGCUCCGGAAGAGUGGGGUUAAAGGCUUGUUUGAAGUCCGUGCCUUGGAGUAUUUGGAGACUAUUCCAGAGUCUGAGCCAAGUGGAAUGAACAAAAUCAUUCGCAGUCUGGGUAAUAAAAUUAAGUUCCUACAAAAGAAGUGAGAAGUCAGGUGGAGAAUUGCUGCUAAGAGUGGUUUUAAGUUGCCAGCUGUCCGUAAUAACGGGUUGCAUUGCCUGUUGCUGCAACAGGAUUAUUGGAAUUCAGCUCAGAGAAGCUUCAAGCAACUGGAAGAAAGCACAUUGAAUCUGAGUGGAAUUCUUGCUCGACAGUCCUCCUACUCCAACUGGAGUAUUACUGGGAGAAACUGGGCUUCUGCUUUUCUAUAGAACUGGGCUGCAAAGGGGGAUUCAGUUAACUAUGUGAAGUAUCCCUGUUUAUGCUGCUUGGCCUGAAGAAAUUUUUCCUUCGCCCUCCCCUUUAUAAAAGAUGUCUGCUGAAAGCAGUCCAAGGACUUAGUUGAUACCUUUAGAAGGAUGAAUGAACUAAGACAGAAAAUAUGACUCCAGGAACUGGUGUCUCCCAAUACUGCACUGCAUAUACUCUGCACAAGGAAACUUCCCCUAAAACUGGAAAAGGAAACCCAUUGGAGCUGUCCGUCCAUCCUUAUCUGUCCUGCUGGCCUAUCUGGUUCUCUGCUAUUGGCCUGGGUUCAGCCAUGUUCUCUCAUGAACUGUUGAUUGUCCUUAUGUAUUGCGAAGCCUUGUGGUUUGCAGUUAUCAAAAGCAAAAUAAGAACAUCUGGUUCUUGUUUGCUGUGUUGGUUUUACAUUGCAAGCCUCUGCCCGUGUUAGAUGUUGUGAAUAUAUACACAUGAUUUGCCUAUUUACAAGCUCAUCUCUACUACAUUAGAGGAUUUACCUCACACACACACACACACACGUUGUGUUUACUUGCCAAGAAAAUGUCAGUUUAUCUCAGUCAGGAGCAAGAAGAUUUCUUUGUUUCCCAAACGGUGGAAUUAAAAGGGGCUGAUCUGGUUUGCUAUGAAACCAGUGUGAAAAAUGAAUUAUUGUAUUACAACAGCAGUUUGCUGUGAAUGUAGAGUUGGAGACAAAUGGGGGUCUUAUCUGAAUGCAUAAUUUCCAUGUUUGGCCACAUCCAUCCAAGCAUUGUUUUCCUCAUUUAACCUCAGUCUGAUGUUACCUGCUCUUUGGAAAUAUUGAUGCAUCUUCGUAGUUGCCACUAAAUGGAAGAGACCAAUGCUGUGCACCAUUUGCAGAGUAGCAUAUCAGUCACAAUGGUUGCCUAGGGUUUAUAAUGACAAAUAUCUGUGCCACUUUUAAAAAUCAAGUGUAACAAAUAAUGACAUUUGCUCACCACUCACUCCAGUCACUCUUGCUUCUGGGGACCUGUCACAUGCAGCCGGAGGAGGUUUACCGUAUGUUUACAUGUAGCAAAUGGACUUGGAUUUAAUACAUGAGACUGUGCAGCCUUGGAGUGAGUGGGGAAAAUGCCUGAAGAAGGGAGAUUCCUGUGAAACUUUGAAGUGCAGAGUACUGGUGUACUGGGUUGGUCUUUCUCUGCUAUAUAGCCAAAUACAACUGUACAGACCACACAUCUGUGCGGAUUGCCUGUGUCUGAAGGAUGCUGGUGAGGGACCCUGAGAACUCUUUUUUUCUUGCAGUGCUCAAGGUGUGCCAGACCAAAAAGAAAACUUGUGUAAUUCCAUUUCAGAAUUCAUAUCCUGAACUGAGGCCUCUGCAUUUGUUAUGCGCUGUCAGCUGUGCCUGUGAUGUUUCAAAAUGAUGGGUGUGUCUGCAGAAUACUUUCCAGUUGUGUGAGCCCAACAACCUUACCACGUUCAUGUUUAUUCUGAAUGGAAUCCCACUGAGUUAUUCCCUAGGAAGGGUGCCUAGGAUCACAGCCUAAGAAUGAAAUCCUGUGUAUACUUACUUGAGAGGAAGUAACAUUGAACUCAAUGGAACUUAUUGCUGAGUAAGCUUUUAUAGGCUCAUACUGUAACAAGUGGAUUCCAAACACAAAGGGGAUAAUGGUUUGGUUCCUUGGUCAAAUGUGUUAAAAUUAUUGACUGACCUGGCUUUCUGCCGCAGUGCCCUUUUGAGUGUCCUGCAGCUCAUACAGAACCAGAUGCUUGAUAAGAGGAAGCUGAGCUACAUGUUCAUUUGCAGUAUGUGUCAGCACUUAAAAGGAUUGCACUUGAUCAAAACAGUGGGGGAAAUAACCUUUAAUGCUCCUAAGAUUCUGGUAUUUUCACCCACCUUUGGGAAGUGGUCAGGUUAAUUUAGCCCCCUAGGGUAUGUAACCCAGCUUUAAUACCAGUCACACCACUACACACACUUCUUAAAAAUGGAAAAUGUGCACUCUUUCUUCAUUGCCAUGGAAACAUAUUCCUUCAGACCUUGUGUGCCUGACAGUGCUGGUCUCUUUUCAGUGUGGUGCCUUUUGUGUUUUGCAGCCAGUAUUGCUCAUUCUGGAUAUAGCCAUAUCUGUAAUGUAUAAAUGAAACCAAAACUGUGUGUACAGUAACAGAACUGUAAUAAACCCAAGUUCCUACAGGAACUGAUUCAAAUAAAAUGUACUUUUUUGUGUA